AUGAUCGCGUACGGGCUAGCGUCGCUCGGCACGCUCCUCCCCGCCUCCUGCUACCUCUCUGAGAUCAUCAACUCCCGCGUCGCCUUCACCGUCCAGCUCCAGCUCUGGGCCCUUCCCUUGCUUGUCGCGCCCUACACCUUCAGCGCGCAGACGAGCCAGUGGGUGUACUUUGCCAUCGUCUCGCUCAUCAACGGAUUCCCGAACGUGCGCCCGGUGCGGGUCGCGUGGGCGCCGACAAACUCGUCCGGGGUCGGGAUGCGGACGGUGUCUGCGUCGCUGUACAACAUUUUCGUGCAGGCGGGCGGAAUCAUCGCGGCAAAUAUCUACUGGGAAGACCACAACAUAGGUCGCCUCCGAGCCCAAGUUCGGUUUGCGCUCCGGAUCCCUGCGGUUGCUCACGACCUCCUUUCGUUCUGGGAAGCCUCUCUACAAACCCGGGAACCGGUGAUGAUCAUCGCCCUCUAG